UCCAUCCCAGUCGGGGUCGCACGCAUCCCACAAGUCUCCCUCUGUUCGACUGGCUCAGGUGAAUGUAGAGACUCUAAGAGGCGAGCGCUUUAUAUUUAAUAAGCUGGAUGCUUUUUAUACUGAUUAAAGGGGUGUUCAGCCUCCCUGUGUUUUUCUCCUUCUCCGGUGACAUUACAGAGCUCGUGUCAGCGGAGAUGUUGGCAGGUGCGUUAGUUCUGGGCAGCAUCCUCACAGCUUUACCAGGUACUGAGAGCAGGUGGAGUGUGUCAUUUUCUCGGAGGGAGAUCUGUGUGUGGGCAGGAACUACUGUCACUCUGCCCUGCCGCUAUGACUACCCGUCAGGUCACACUGUGAAGCGGGUCAUGUGGUUCCGUGUGUCUGCUGAGGGUCGCAGGGAGUUUGCCCACCACAGUGACCCAAACCAGAUCAGCCUGUCGUACCGAGGACGCACACGGUAUAUUGGAGGCAGCUACUCCAGCUGUUCGGUCCAGAUUCGGGGUGUGAAGCUGAGUGAUGCGGGUCAGUAUCACUUCAGGUUUGAGACGGACCAGCCACUGGGGAGGUGGACGUCUCCAGACACCAUCACUCUGGAUGUGACAGACCUCCAGGUCCAGGUGCAUCCAGCCAGACCCGCCAACAUGUUUGGAUUUGGGGAGACAGUGUUUGUCGGCUGCCAGGCCAAAGGAUGUGCAGCUCCAGGAAGAAGUCUGGCACUUUACAGGAACGGACUAAACCUCGGCUCCUAUGAGAAAUGGAUGAUUAUUAACCGCUUUGACCAGCAGCAUGUUGGAGCGUACACCUGUAGACCGAUCCCACCGCAGAAUGUGCAGUCGCCAUCGCUCUCCCUGGCUCUGGGACACGGACCUCGCUCCACCUCCAUAGCGGUGUUUCCUGCAGGAGAAGUGACUGAAGGCGGCUCCGUCACUCUGACCUGCAGCAGUGAUGCAGCUCCACCUGUUGAGAGCUUUGCAUGGUUCAAAGACAUGGAGAGCGGCAGCAUCCCAGACAGUUUCAGGCCUCAGCUCCGCCUGUCGCACCUCAAAUACUCAGACAGAGGAGAGUAUUUCUGCGUAGCACGAAACUCACUGGGAACAGAUCGCUCCAAACCACUUCUACUCAAUGUCACUUACUCUCCAAAGAACACUCAUGUGCUGGUUAGUCCUCCAGGGGACAUCAGAGAAGGUUCUUAUGUGAACCUGAGCUGUGUUUGCCACGCCCACCCACCUGCUAACAGGUUUGCUUGGUAUCGUAUCAUAGGUGACCAGGUGAUUGCUAAAGGUUCUUUUCGGAACCUGACCUUCAUGUCAGUUCGAGCUCAACAUGCUGGUCAGUACUACUGCAGAGCAUCCAACCGAUUGGGAUACCUGACCUCCCCCGCUGUUUCCCUCACUGUGCUGUAUCCUCCCAAGAACACUUCAGUUCUGGCCCGUCCCUCCAGUGUGGUGGAUGCUGGCCGUCCUUUGACCCUGACCUGCAGCAGUCAGGCCAACCCAGCUGUGGACAACUUCACAUGGCACCGUUUAGCUCUGGACGGAGGCUCUGUACAAUCGUGGGGUUCCAAGUCCGGUCCAGUCUUCACCUUCUCAGAGGUCAGUCCAGGUGAGAGCGGUCAGUACUACUGUGAGGCCAGGAAUCGAAUCGGAGCUCACAGCUCUCCGGUCCUCACCGUAAAAGUCAGAGGUCGUCUUAAGGUCAUCGCUUUGGCCUCGGCAGUGGGAGUGUCUGCUGGACUCAUCACCCUCACAGUGGCCAUUAUGAUCAGUAAGAACAUGCACAGAGUCGACUUAGACUCGGUAGAAGUAGUGAGCAAGCGUUCAUCAGUGACAGCCGACACCAUGUUCUAUGAGUCAGCCCAACAGCAGACCUUCCCACUGAGGAAGGGCAAGAUGUCCGACAUACCGGAGGAACCAGAGGACCUGAGUGACAGUUCUCAUCCCUCCAUCGUUCCUCUGAUGGACGCUCCACCAAUCCAAGCCGUGGAAAGUCGCAGCCCCGCCUCCAAAUACAUGACUGUCCAUUACUCCAGGUUGUCCAGUACAGAUCAGGUGCAGGUCCACAACCUGCCACUGGGUGGUGAUAAAAAACCAAAAGAUUCCUCCAAAGUUGUUUACACUCUGCUGCCCCAGCCUCGCCACUGACCGUGAAGACACAGACCAUCAGCUGAACAAGACAUCAGUCAUUCUUUUAUGAGCCAGUCUCUUUGCUUCCUGUCUGACUGGACGUUGGAUCCCUGUGAACUUUGGCAUUGUUCGUCGCUCUGGCUCAGACCUGAUGUUGCAUCCAGGAGACUUGAUGAUGGCAGCACAUCGUCCUGUCCAGAAGUCCAGCUCCUGAACUGUGAACUGUGUUGCAUGUCUUUCUUUCUUCUUUCUUUGCAUUUCACAACUUCAUGCUGUCUGAUGAAACACUGAAAGCCGCUUUGCUUGCCUUCCUAUCCACGGCACACUUACAGUAUAUGUGGUGUUGAUUUUUUAUUAAUACUUGCCAGUGACAUUUUCAACCAGGUAUAUGCUGAUGACACAGUAUUGCUGGUUGCCACAGUAUCCUUUGCAUUGUCUGAGAUCUAAAAUAAAUGACAAUCCUCUGUAUGAAAUCACGUGUCUUCAAUAAAAACUAACAGUGUGAUUUUAGACGUAUUAGUGGAGAAAACCUGUAGAAAAUCAUUCAAAAAAUAUUCAACAAUCUUGUCAAUAAAUAAUCUACAGGAUUGUUCUAAUUGCUGCUAUAAUCUUUGUUCAGUUGCUUUUAUUAAAUCUGUGUCUCCAUUUUUAUGCAGAGUCAGCUAAGCAAGAACUAAUGCAAAUGACAUGAUGUAGUUUGUUACACUGAAGAAAAUAAAAACCAGACAAAUGA